AUGCAGCCAAAAUCAAUAGCAUUAUUGCGUAUGUAUAUAUGCUCACUAUCAAAGAUUAUGAAUUUUUUAAAACUAACUAAAAUUAGAAAAGAUUGAUUCCAAUAUAGAGCAAAUUUUACAAAAAUUUCAAGACAUAUUUGAAGUAGCUAUAAUACAAGAUAAAUCAAAAGAAUUGUUAUCAGUGGAGUCGUUGACUAUAGAAUCAGAUGCAUUAAUGAUAAUAAGACUAUGUGAAGAUCUAUUGACUAUAACUAGGACUUUGAAAGAAGCAUGGUGUCUAGGAACAGUGAAAGUUAAUUCUAGUGAUGGUAGAGAGGAACAUCAAGACACGAGAGCUAUUUUCGACAAAUACAAUGCUUUGACUGAUAAAAUUGCACAAUUUGAAAACAUGAGUACGUUAGCUACAGAUGGGAUACAAUAA